CCACAGAUCAGAUUCUCUCUCCAGAAGCCUCUGCAGCACACAGAUCCAGCCAUGGCUCCUACAAUCACUUCAGCAGCCAGCAACUGUCAGGAGCAGCUGACUCUGAGCCACAAGCUCAGAAAGCCUCUGGUGGAGAAGCAUCGCAGAGAGCGGAUCAACAGCAGCAUCGAGCAGCUCAAGUGUCUCCUGGCUCCAGAGUUGCUCCAGCAGCAGCCUGACUCCAAGCUGGAGAAAGCAGACAUCCUGGAGAUGACCGUCUGCUUCCUGAGACGACAGCAGCAGCGGCGGCAGCAGCAGCAGAGAGCCGUGGACUCAGCAGCUGUCAAUCAGGGCUACUCCAGCUGUGUCCAAGAGGUGGCGCACUUCCUGUCCAAGGAGGAGCUGAAGAGCCAGUCCCAGAGAAGACUGCUGAAGCACUUCCACAAGCUGCAGUCUUCCUCUGACAAGAAGCUGAGCGAGGCUGGCUGCUCUCUUGUGAGCUGCCCAGUUCAGAGCAGCAGCAGCAGCAAAGAGGAGAGGCCAGUCAACAGCGCCCUCUGGAGGCCCUGGGACACUGCUGCAGGCUGCAGCUCUCACCACACAAACUGA